CCGGAGCAAUGGUCGUCGUUGGUAGGGUUCGGCGCAGAGUUUGAGAGAGAUUUGGGAAAGAAGCAAAUCGAAUCCAUUUUGGAUGCAGAGAUUAAUUCCGAUAGCGUUUUCGUCAUCGGUGAAGGGGUUUGUUCGUCGGCAUUAUCUUCUUCUGGAGAGAGGUAACAAUCCCGAGACUUCUCUCUCUCGAUCUUUUUCCGGUGCGAGUCAUCAUCAUCAUUACAGAGAGAGAUUGAGAAAUGAGCUUCACUGUAUAAAGUUUGACGAUGCAUUUAGUUUGUUCUGUGAGAUGCUUCAGUCUCGUCCCAUUCCUAGCAUUGUUGAUUUCACUAGAGUUUUGACUGUCAUUGCUAAGAUGAACAAGUUUGACAUUGUCAUCUAUCUCUACCACAAGAUGGAGAAUUUGGGAAUCUCACAUGAUCUCUAUAGCUUCACCAUUCUGAUUCAUUGUUUCUGCCGAUGCUCACGACUCUCUCUUGCUCUUGCUCUUCUUGGAAAAAUGAUGAAACUUGGGUUUCGUCCCAGCAUUGUCACUCUUGGCUCUCUCCUCAACGGUUUCUGUCAAGGGAAUAGAUUUCAGGAGGCUGUUUCUCUCGUUGAUUCAAUGGAUGGAUUCGGAUUCGUUCCUAAUGUUGUCAUCUACAACACUGUCAUUAACGGUCUUUGCAAGAACAGAGAUUUGAAUAACGCACUCGAGGUUUUCUACUGUAUGGAGAAGAAAGGAAUCAGAGCUGAUGCUGUUACUUACAACACUCUCAUAAGUGGUCUUUCUAACUCUGGUAGAUGGACCGACGCUGCUCGACUUCUCAGAGAUAUGGUGAAGAGGAAAAUCGAUCCUAAUGUGAUAUUUUUCACUGCGCUGAUCGAUACGUUUGUGAAAGAGGGUAACCUUUUAGAGGCUAGAAACUUGUACAAGGAGAUGAUCCGAAGAUCUGUAGUUCCUAAUGUUUUCACUUACAAUUCACUCAUCAAUGGGUUUUGCAUUCAUGGUUGCUUAGGUGAUGCCAAAUAUAUGUUUGAUCUGAUGGUAAGCAAGGGUUGCUUCCCUGAUGUUGUGACCUAUAACACUCUCAUAACAGGAUUUUGUAAGUCUAAGAGGGUAGAAGAUGGGAUGAAACUCUUUUGUGAGAUGACUUAUCAAGGAUUGGUUGGCGAUGCAUUCACUUACAACACGCUUAUCCACGGUUAUUGUCAAGCGGGCAAACUUAAUGUUGCACAAAAGGUUUUCAAUAGGAUGGUUGAUUGUGGUGUGUCUCCUGAUAUUGUUACCUACAACAUCUUGUUAGAUUGUCUAUGUAAUAACGGGAAGAUAGAGAAAGCAUUAGUGAUGGUAGAGGAUCUGCAAAAGAGUGAAAUGGAUGUUGAUAUUAUUACAUAUAAUAUCAUCAUUCAAGGGUUGUGUAGAACUGAUAAGUUGAAAGAGGCUUGGUGUUUAUUUCGUAGCCUCACUCGCAAAGGAGUGAAGCCUGAUGCUAUAGCAUACAUUACAAUGAUAUCAGGCUUGUGCAGGAAAGGCCUACAGCGUGAAGCGGACAAGCUGUGUAGAAGAAUGAAAGAAGAUGGGUUUAUGCCAAGUGAACGCAUAUAUGAUGAGACACUUAGAGAUCACUACACAAGCUUAUCAGCUGAACUCAUCAAAGCAGCUCAUGAGUAAAGCGGUCUGCGAAGAUGCUUAUGACAGUAUAAGCAAGGUCAUCGAUAUGAUUAUGAUGGGAAACUGGACAAACUUUAUAGCCAUUUGUUGAUUUGCUCUAGGAAAGUUAAAAGGUCUGAUGGGAAAAGAAGAUCUAGCGCAUAGAUAGGUUGCAGUGUUCAUUUUGUUGUAUCUUUCAUAAGCACAAUUUUGUUGCAUUUACAAACUUAUACUGAUUAAGAUUCUGUAAUCUGUAUAUGCUUUGUAUGGGAUAAACCCAAGUCACAAAAUAAGGAAUUUUUUAACCUC